AUGGUUGCUGUAAAGGUCAUAAUGGGGCCGUUUGCCUGUUUCAAUCAAGUUUUGAAUUUCCAAAGGGACGCAGAAUUCUCGUGCAGGGAUUCGUCCAGGGAUUCUGCAUGUGAAUCGGGGAGCGGAGGUCAGUCGAUGCAGAUAAUUAUGGAGAACAAUUUUGGGGUGAGCGGCCAAAAAAGUGUAUGUGCAUUCUGUGUGCAAAAUUUUAGCUUGGACGUUAUGGUGCUGUUGGGCAGUGGCCAGGCAUGGAAGGCAGGACGAGCAGGACAGCUUGGUGGUAGAGAUGUGGAGAUGAAAUGA